GUUAACUUCCGUAUUCAGUCACUUGUCGUGUAUGACAGCGUCCUAUAGGCUAAAACAACCUUCAAUUCAAUCGCGUACUGCUUUUCUGUAGUUCAUGUUUUAUGAAUAAUUUUAAUGCGUAGUUGUAUGUAGUCUUAUCAAAGAUAGAUUGUUAUGUGUGUUUCCGAGUCACUUUUAUUUCAAAAAGCAGUUAAAUACAAUAAAAAAAACAAAAUCAUUACACAGUUGGCAUUGAGUGUGGAAACUAAGCAGAGGUCCGUUUGAUUUGUGUAGAUAUUCUUGGGUAUGUUGGACCCGCACGAGAAGAAGGGAAGGGGUACAAAUGGUACAUAGACGAGCGUUAAAACACAGUUUGUUCCAUCAUGGCUACAUUACUGGAACGGAUGGUUUUCCUACAAAAAGUGCCCACACUCAUGCGUGCAACAGCAGAUGACGAAUCGCCCUGUCCUGGUUAUAUCUUUGAGGAAAUCAUCAAAAUUUCCCAUGAGUCAGUGGGAUGCUGCCAGUGUCUUCUGGAGUACCUCUUGGAGCGACUGCAGGUGAAGUCCUGCCAUGUCAAACUCAAGGUCCUGAAGAUCCUCUUGCACCUAUCUAGCCAUGGACCACCUCACUUCCUCACAGAGCUACGGCGGAAUGCUACUUUUAUACAGGAAGUAAUUGUCUACAGCGGGCCCCCAGACCCCGUCCAUGGGAAUGCGCCCUUUCAGAAAGUUAGAAGCUCGGCUCAGAAGUUGGCUACCCUUCUCUUUAAUGAUACCAUGUCCCCAGAUUCUGCACUCUCUCCAUGUAAAAGAGUAACAACUUCCAUGGGAAUGGGCUCAGAGUCACACAGGCCUGGCAUGCAGGGGUUUGGAUACAGCCCAGGAAGAAAAGAGUCUAGUGGAGGGACUCUGUUGGACAAGAUUCAGAAAGCUGCCGUAGUGGUUGCCAGCGCUGUCCUUCCUCCAACAGAGCAUCCUGGAAUCCGUCUCCACGACAACCACUACCACGCUGUAGUGGCGCCCUCUGCUACUGUGGAGAUGGCAAUGCCAGCAUGUGCCUACAACAUCCAAUCCCACAGCCACAGAGCGUAUCACAGGUGUCCAGGACAGGCUGGUGGAGGCUGGGAGGAAAUGGACAGUGGGAACAGCUCCUCUCACAACUUCUCCCAGGAGAAUACUCCAGUCAGCCAGUCCUCAGUGGGCAGAAGCAGUAAGUCGGGUGGCUCGGGCAGCCACUCAGGGGCAAGUCGGGAGAGCGGCGACCUACCAGAGCAUGUGGAGGCCAUGCAGUUUGGGGACUGUGGUCAGGAAAUGGCACUUAUCAACAGUUUGAUCAGUGGCUCCAAAGUCUUCUUAUCCAGAGAGGAGAGCCAGCACUUCAUCAAAGAAUGUUCCACUCUGAACUGUGAGGUGGUUGUUGAACUUCUUUCUCGCAAACUCCAGGAUCACACCCAAAUUGUCCAAAUGAGGGCGUUGUGUGCUCUUGCCUGCCUGAUGUCUUCAGACUUCCUCUCUCUAGACCACAUUUUCAAUAUCACACACAAACGCCUUGCACAACUUAGUGAAGGAACAACAGGGCCUGUUGCCAACAAGGCAGCCAAGCUCCUAAGGCAGUUUGUGGCUUUGCUUGGUUGUGUUACGAAUCACGGGUGUGACCGUGCAGCGUCAUCCCGCUCCGUAGUCUCACAGCAGCCCACCGAAUCUUUGACCAACCUCAUCCCUCCAGGAACAUUUGGAGAAACAGCAAUCUCUAUAAUCCUUUCAGAAAAGUCACUUCAUGUGAAAGGUGAACAAGCAGAGGAGGAAAACAGACCCACGGAUAGCUCCAGGGUCCCAGAACCUCCCAGACUGACGCUCUUCAGUGGAAUGGAGCUGGUGAACAGAAGCAAACCUGUAUGUUUGGUUGAACCUGUUCUUGUCGAGUCAAAUGGCCAGACAGGUGUGGUGGCCACUACAGACACAGACUGUGUGACUGAGAAAAGCUUUGAGAGAACUGCAGGGUCACCCACAUCUACUGCUAGUGAACCUGAGCAUUGCAGUGAGCAAGUGUCUGCGUUCUCCUUCCUCAAUCUCUGAUGCCAACUU